UUCCUCGGCUCCUUGCUGUUGCCGCCGCCGCCGCCGCCGCUGCUGCCGCGGUUGCUGGGGUUGGGUGAGAGGAGGAGCUGUCGCGGACCCUGUAGAGUCAGUCUCUGUUGCUCUUUUUGCCUGAGGAGUCUUCCUUCCUACGUCGAACCCUGACUCCCGUGCUGUCGAGGGGGAGUCCCCGCGGACACCUCGGCACGCAGUGGAGAUGCCUCUCUUUGCCACCAAUCCCUUCGAUCAGGAUGUUGAGAAAGCAACCAGCGAGAUGAAUACUGCUGAGGACUGGGGCCUCAUUUUGGAUAUCUGUGAUAAAGUUGGUCAGUCUCGCACUGGACCUAAGGAUUGUCUUCGGUCUAUUAUGAGAAGAGUGAACCACAAAGAUCCUCACGUUGCUAUGCAAGCUUUGACUCUUCUAGGAGCAUGUGUAUCAAACUGUGGCAAAAUUUUUCAUUUAGAAGUAUGUUCAAGAGAUUUUGCUAGUGAAGUAAGCAACGUAUUAAAUAAGGGUCAUCCUAAAGUAUGUGAAAAAUUAAAGGCUCUUAUGGUUGAAUGGACAGAUGAAUUUAAGAAUGAUCCACAGCUUAGUCUAAUAUCAGCAAUGAUUAAGAACCUUAAGGAACAAGGAGUUACAUUCCCAGCUAUUGGCUCUCAGGCUGCAGAACAAGCAAAAGCAAGCCCAGCUCUUGUAGCCAAGGAUCCUGGUACUGUGGCUAACAAAAAAGAAGAAGAAGAUUUAGCAAAAGCCAUUGAGUUGUCUCUCAAGGAACAAAGGCAGCAGUCAACCACCCUUUCCACUUUGUAUCCAAGCACAUCCAAUCUCUUAACUAACCACCAACAUGAAGGCCGAAAAGUUCGUGCUAUAUAUGACUUUGAAGCUGCUGAAGAUAAUGAACUUACUUUUAAAGCUGGAGAAAUUAUUACAGUUCUUGAUGACAGUGAUCCUAACUGGUGGAAAGGUGAAACCCAUCAAGGCAUAGGGUUAUUUCCUUCUAAUUUUGUGACUGCAGAUCUCACUGCUGAACCAGAAAUGAUUAAAACAGAGAAGAAGACGGUACAAUUUAGUGAUGAUGUUCAGGUAGAGACAAUAGAACCAGAGCCGGAACCAGCCUUUAUUGAUGAAGAUAAAAUGGACCAGUUGCUACAGAUGCUGCAAAGUACAGACCCCAGUGAUGAUCAGCCAGACCUACCAGAGCUACUUCAUCUUGAAGCAAUGUGUCACCAGAUGGGACCUCUCAUUGAUGAAAAGCUGGAAGAUAUUGAUAGAAAACAUUCAGAACUCUCAGAACUUAAUGUGAAAGUGAUGGAGGCCCUUUCCUUAUAUACCAAGUUAAUGAACGAAGAUCCGAUGUAUUCCAUGUAUGCAAAGUUACAGAAUCAGCCGUAUUAUAUGCAGUCGUCUGGUGUUUCUGGUUCUCAGGUGUAUGCAGGGCCUCCUCCAAGUGGUGCCUACCUGGUUGCAGGGAACGCGCAGAUGAGCCACCUCCAGAGCUACAGUCUUCCGCCGGAGCAGCUGUCUUCUCUCAGCCAGGCAGUGGUCCCGCCGUCUGCAAACCCAGCCCUUCCUAGUCAGCAGACUCCGGCCGCUUACCCAAAUACAAUGGUCAGUUCCAUUCAAGGAAACACGUAUCCCAGCCAGGCGCCAGUAUAUAGUCCUCCUCCUGCCGCUGCUGCUGCUGCUGCAACUGCUGAUGUCACUCUGUACCAGAAUGCAGGACCUAAUAUGUCCCAGGUGCCAAACUAUAACUUAACAUCAUCAACUCUGCCUCAGCCUGGAGGCAGCCAACAGCCACCUCAGCCACAGCAACCAUAUUCUCAGAAGGCUCUGCUAUAGGACCCGGUGUUCCUCUUGGUGGCAGAUACCUGCUAAAUGCCACUGACAGUGUUAUGAGAUUCAUUACUAUCUUAAGAUGUGUUUAUCCUCAGCUUAUAGGAAUCUUUCCAGGUCAACAAGUUCAAAUAUUCAAGAAGGUAGAACUCUCCUCAAUUUACACUGACUUUUUAGAGGUUCUUCCCCCCUCCCCCCCCAGGAAUGAAACUACUUACAACAUUUAAUUCCUUUCAUAAUAUGAAAGAAUUGAUACAAGGCUAUUUGUCUCGUAAACCUGGUCUGCAGAAAAUCAAACUUACAAAAACUGUUGUGGCAAAUGUUAUGUACAUAUAUUGAUAUGUAACUGCAUUAGUGGCCAUUUUGAAUCACAGUGGUGAUCAUGUGAAUAUAUUUAACACUGUGUUAAAUUAAUUUACAUUGCUAUUUUAUUUUAAUCAUAAACAACUACCAUGUUUCUUAAUGUUUUGUGUAAAUGUAAGGUAAUUAUAAUAUCCUUUUAAACUGCAAGAAAACAAAGUUGUAGCGUAUUUACACGAAGGCGCAUUAUGUUGUCGUGUGUUUCAGUUUCGUAUUAAACUGAACCUUUUACUAAUUGUGAGCUAAAGAGAGAGAUAUAUAUACACAUAUAUAUGUAUAUAUAUGUGUAUAUAUAUAUAUAUAUGUAUGUAUAUCUCUACAUGUCUUUCUGUAGCCUCUGCAUACUACUAGCUGUCAUCACACCAGCGUACAGUAGCUAAAUUUUUGGUGCAAUUAUAGCAAAUGAUAAUGUUCCCCUUUGAACUUUUACAUUUUGGCAUGACAUUUCAGAGUACUGUGGGACCAUGAGACAAGAUUAAGUACGAUCAUGUCCUUUAUUUCUUAUUUUUAAGGAAAUGAUGCUGGUUUACCUUUUCCUAGUUGAAGAUAGUAAUUAGGUUUCUAAGCUGUAUACUGUGUUUAUUGGUGGCAGUGACACCAAAGAUAGAGGCAAUGGAUAGAAAUUUUUAAACUGGAAAGAAAACCUGAAUUACACUACAUUUUCGAAGUCUCUUGUAAUUAUUUGGGAUAUCAACAAAAUUUGAUUCGUCUGUCUAAUCCCUUGCUAGUCUUUUAAAUAUGUCUUUAACACAUUGUAUCCUUUAAUUCUUCAUUAAAAUGGAAAUAAGUAGAUGUUUCAAAGUAAUCUAUAUUCCUGGCUUUGCUUAACAGUUUA